AUGGUAGUAUCUCAUUUUGGCCAAAAGUUCAGAAUCACUGUGAUUGACAGAGAACAUAAUCACCCGCUUCACAUAAAAGACACAGUCAACCUGUUACCAUGUCAGAGAAAUAUAUUAGAAGCUCAAGCUCAUGAAAUGGAUCUUGCAGAAGAAUCUGGACUUGAACCUAGGGAUGCUUUUGACUUAAUGAGUAUAUAUGCCGGUGGUCAAGAAAAUCUUGGUUACACAAUGACAGAUGCAAAGAAUUACUUGAUGUGCAAAAGGAGAAGACAUAUGAGGUUUGGCGAGGUGGGGUGUCUACUUGAAUACUUUCAGAAACAAAUUGAAGAAAAUUCAGCAUUCUACCACAAAUAUCAAUUGGACCCAAAUCAACACAUCACUAAUAUUUUUUGGGCCGAUGCUCGCAUGCUAAUAAAUUAUGCACAUUUUGGUGAGGUUGUAUCACUAGAUACAACAUAUAGCAUAAAUCAAAAUCAUAGACCCCUUGCACUAUUUUCUGGCUUUAAUCAUCAUAGAAGUGUGGUCAUUUUUGGAGCAGCAUUAUUGUAUAAUGAGACAAUUGAGUUUUUCAAAUGGUUAUUAGAAACAUUUUUAGAUGCUCAUAUACAAAAGAAGCCUCAAACUGUGUUUACAGACCAAGAUCAAGCUAUGGCAAGAGCAUUGUGUGAAGUUCUUCCCAAUACAAAACAUUGUUUAUACAAUGGUGUUAAACACCUUGGGAACCUAAUGAAAGAUGGGUCACAUUUUUUGACUGAUUUCAAGAAAUGCAUGUUUAAUUAUGUUGAUGUAGAGAAGUUUGAAGAAGCAUGGAGCCAAUUAUUAUCUUCUUAUAAUGUUCAUGAAAAUGGAUGGUUGAACUCUACUUAUGAUAUUAAGGAGAAAUGGGCUUGGUGCUAUGUGAAGGAAACAUGCACACUAGGCAUGAGGAGUACAAAGAUUAGUGAAAGUGUGAAUGCUGAUGUGAAGAGAUGUACAAAGCUAAAAUUAGACAUCAAGCGAUUCUUUAAAAUGUUUGACAAGGUUGUGGCAAAGAAACGAUACAAGGAAGUGAAAGUUGAGUAUGAAUCUCGACAAAAGAUUCGAAGGAUAGUUAAUUAA